UACAGCAUGCACGUGAGGAGGGUUUUCGUGUGGCCAGCUGCGACUGUUGGACGGGGUAUUGAGGCAAAACAACCGCAUGUUUGUUGUAACGAGCAAAGCCAGGCAGGCAGCGCACGGCGAGACAUCCACGACCUAAAGCAACUGCCGCACGGGUGAAUCAUGGAGCCGAAUCUUCAUUUUGGUGUCCUGAUUUUGUUACUCAUCUCGCUUCGUCAGGCUUACCAUGCUUACUGCGAAGUGAAAGAAAAAGAUGAAAUGCCCUUGAGUACAUUCAUACACCAUUUUGAACCUCUAAACUACGACCUUGGUCCUCUUGCUGUACAACAAAGAAACUGCAUCCAACAGUCAUCCCAUGAUGGUGUUGUUAUCAACUGGGAAAUCGCUGCAUUUGAAAGAUCCUUCCACUUGCAGCUAGCUCCCUAUCCUAAUGUCAUUACUGAAGGAGCUCAAUUGAAUGUUGUCAACGAAUUGGAAACCAGCACUACAGACUUGGUCUCUCGGCUCUACAAAGGAAUUGUUAUUGGUGAGGACUGAGGAGUUCAUAUGUAAGCCAUUGAUUGG